UUUUAAAAAAAAAAUUAUUUCCUUUAUUUUCUUUUUUGAUGUUCACAUUUUAUUCUCAUCUUUAUUUAUACCUUGAACAGUUUUUCUUUAAAUUUCAAGAAUUUUUCUUUCAUUAAAAUCUCUUUUUUUUUAUUUUGCUAAAUAUUCUUAUAGUGUAAUUUUUUUUUCCUAUCCUUAUUAAGUUUUUUCUUCUUUUCCGAAUAUUUCCUCAAUUUCAUCAUCUAAUUUAUUUCUUCCAUAUCUAACAUAUAGUAAUUCUAGAGUAUCUUCAAUAGUUAUAGUUUUUUUUUAAUUAUUUUAAUCACUAUUUGUAGCCGUUGUAUUAACCCCACUCCCAGAAUUAGUAUCACAUUUUAAAUACAUUAAAAAUUAAACUAAAUUAUAAAGAUUUCUUGGUUCUAAGCCAGUAGUAUCAUGUCUACAUCUUUUAUACAUCAAAUAAAAUUCAUAUUUGUCAAUUUUUCCAUCCAAAUUUUCAUCCACUUCCCAUACCAUUUAUUCAAUUUCCUAUUUAGAUGCAUGAUAAUCCAAUUCUUUUAAAACUAACUCAAUAUCCUGUGAUGUAAAAUAUUAUUUCCCCUUCUCUUCUUACUUAUUUUCUUUCCCUUAUUCAUUAUCUUAUUGGAGCUAAUUAUUACUAAUAUUAUUGUAACUGAUAUUGUUUUAGUUUUCUUUUUAAACGGAAUUAUUUUAGUUAUUUUAGACACUAUCAGUCAUCAUUCUAAGUUGAUCAAAAACUUUUUGUAAUUUACUGGUUUCUACUGCAGAUAUUUACAUUUCAUAUACCAACUCUUCACUUGAUUUUUCUUAUUUCUUUAAUUUUUAAUCAUUCUAUAGUUUUGAUUGAUCACCCAAAAUUGAUUACUUAUGCAUUGUUGUAGAAGCGUUUAAAGUAUUUAGCUAUUAACUAGCGUUUUAAUCUUUUAUUGAU